CUGGAGUGUAGAUCAGCAGAUCGGCAGGAAAACAACAACAACAACCGACUGCGUAUACAAAAUAAAGUCAUAUGAAUGACUCUCAGGGCAGUGCUGAAAUGUCAGGGGGGUGAGGCUGUGUCUGCUUUCCACCAAUCAAAUCAUUCGUGUCCCCCUUGAUACUGGACACAUGGAAUGUUGCCAUCCCACUCAUCUCCAGCUCACAUCCACCUGAGGACACAUUCACCUGCCUUUCUGAAGCAGACAUCUUGUUUUAUCAUUGCUUAUGUUCACACUGCAGAGGCCUGAUCUCCUGGAGAUGGCAGACCUACCUCACAAACACCAUGGCAACUUUCCCCAAAGGCGGCCUACCCUGUUGCCACAGGUAGCCAAGAGUAAAGUACAGCUCACACUGGAGGCCAUGUCAUCUGAGACUAGUUCAGAUCCAGCAUCUGCAGUGGAGGAGCCAAGCCUCCCAGCACAACAUCUCUUCUGUGAAAUGAAAAAUGAGUCAAACCAGAUUUGCAAUGGAAAAACCAGAGCAGCCUCUUCGUUAUCUGAACAACGACAAAGACAAGUGGAUAGAAGUGUAGAAGCUUUACUGAAGAGAAUAAGGGUUCAUCCAGAGGCCCAGAGGAUCCUGGGUAAUUCCUGCAUACCUGUAGUGAGCUUGCAGCGACUGAACUUCCGGUCUGUGUCCUUAUCAUCUCUGCAGCCUGUGGUGUCUCUGGUGCGACUGCCAAGCCAAACACAAGCUGAGCUCCACAGUGACAUGUCUUUAACUCGUCCUCAGCAGAAUGGAUUCAGUCAAAAUGAGGCAGAUGAGUUAUCUGAUCUCAGUCGACUAGAUACACCACCAACAUCUUGGACUGAACCGUACUGUCCUGACAGUCCACUCUCUGAAGAACCAGAGCAGGACUCAGGCUUUGACUGUGAAUCAAAUCCAGAUCAGCCUUAUAUCCUGCUUGAUUCUGCUUCUGAUGAAUGGGACCCGGAUGGGAAAACAGAUUCUGAAACAUUUUAUUUGGAUCCGGAUGAGACUGUGGUGAUUGAACUGGAUCUGGAACCAGGCGCAGAUCAGGAUGGAUCCCUGCAGCUGCAGGAUGAAUCUGAAGCUAAGUGUGAAGCAGAUGUGGUUCAAAUAGAUGACAGUGAGGAACAAAGAGCUGAUCUUUGCUGCUCACAGGAGGAGGGCGACUCAUCCAUCCAGCAGCCUCAACCUGAACCUGAACCUGGACCUGAAUCUGAACCUGAACCUGAACCUGAACCUGAACCUGAACCUGAAUGUGAACUUGGACCUGGACCUGGACCUGAACCUGAACCUGAACCUGAACCUGAACCUGAAUGUGAACCUGAACCUGGACCUGGACCUGAACCUGAACCUGGACCUGGACCUGGACCUGAAGCUGGGACUGAGGAGGUGGAGAGUGAAGACUUCUGUGCUGUUUGUCUGAAUGGAGGAGAUCUGCUCUGCUGUGACCGCUGCCCUAAAGUUUACCACUUGGCCUGUCAUGUACCUCCUCUCACCAGCUCUCCACUAGGUGAGUGGGUGUGCACGCUGUGCAGGGCCGACCAGGUCUACGACUGUGAGAACAUGAACUCCUGUGCGGGAGUCAAAGCUCCAUACACACUGUCCAACCAGGACCAGAGGAGGUGUGAGAAGCUGACUCUGCUGCUGUACUGUCACCUGCUCAGCGCUCCGUUUCACGAACCCGUCAGCCCUCUGGCCCGAAACUACUACCAGAUCAUUAAGAGGCCCAUCGACCUGUCGGUGAUCCGCAGGAAACUGGACAAGAGCAACACUCUGCACUACUUCAGUGCGGAGCAGUUCAUAGAUGACGUCCUGCUGAUGUUCAAGAACUGCGCUACUUUUAAUUACCCAGACUCAGAGGUGGCUCAGGCCGGUCAAAACCUGGAGGUGUUUUUCUUGAGCAAACUGAAGGAGAUUUUUCCCGAGAGGACGUUCCCGUCGUCCAGCCCGGACAGAGCGGACAGAGCUCGCCUCCGGUGGCUCAGCAGGAGGAGGAAGGAAAACUACAGGAAGAAAAGAUAUGUGUUUCGUGGGAAAAAAUAUUAUCUGUGACUUUAUGUUGUUGUGUUAAAGUCUUUGUUGAACAUGUUGAAAACUGUGACAAUCAUUUUAUAUUUUCAUGAAGAAAAGCAUGUUGUAGAAACAUUUUUUCAAGAUUUUUAAAAUAAUUUUUGAAUGAAAAUCAUCAAGUGCAAAUGAAUUUGUUUUCAUUUUCUGAAAGAUGUUGUCAUAAACGUGGAUUCAACAUUUUCCUGGUUGUUUAACAGAAUGGAAAAUGAAGAUGCACGUUUGAAAAACAUAAACUUUCAGCAAGGAUGAGCUACUUAAUGUGUUUUACUUUGUGUGACUGACAUUGUAAUUUAACUGUUAAACCAGGGCCCCAGCUCUCACUGUGUAGCUGGUAGGUGAUACAGGUAUAAUAUGUGCUAAUAUAACCAUGGGAGAAACACUGCACCAGGUUUUACGUCUUUUUAUAAUAUACGAUUUUCUCCUGGCCAAAGUCAAGUGUAGCUGUGACUUUUAAGUUACGCUGGAUUUCUAAAUACUCACAGAAUGAAACUAUAUAAAAAUAAAAAUGGGAAUAAAAACAACAGUUCUCUACAUUAAACAUUGACAAACAGAUGGAGGAAGAAAAACGCUCACAGAGGGAACAAAUAUAUACUAUAUAACACAUAAUUCCAAACAUUUGUUCUCUUUGUUGCUGGACCCUGUCAGAGACUCUUGAGACCUGAUUAUUUUUAGGUGUAAAACGUAGGUCACUAGAUACAGACAGGGAUGGAUUAUGAAUAAAUGGACCCCUGGACACAGUCAUGUAAAAGCCCCCACCCCUCCAGCUUUCGAGCAUGAAACCCCGACUGUAAGAGACACAACACAACUGCAAACCCUGCAUUGAUUUGCUGUUUGUGCUCUAUGGCUUCAUUUAGCUGAUCUUAGUAGUUGUUUUUGUCUCUUUAUGGUUGUUUUUUUGUCUCUUUAUGGUUGUUUUUUUGUCUCCUUGUGGUGGUUUGUUUUCUCUUUGUGGUUAUUUAUUGUCGGCUGUUUAUUACUGUGCCCUCUGGCACGUCCUUUUGUCCUUGUUUUGUUUACAUUGUGGUUGUUUGAUUGACUUUCCAAAAAGAAAUGUUAACUGUUGCUUCAAUCAGCGGCUCUGGCCCAGGAUGCUUAACCGAUCGGGCCCCUUCAGUAAUCCAUCCAGAGGUUUUCAUGCCUUUGAACGUUGACAGUGAAUUACUGAAUUUGCCGGAGCAGUUGUGAAAGUGAAUAAAUUGUAUCUGUAUUUUACUUUUUUGCACAUUCCAAUUUCUUUAUAUAAAAUAAAAAUACAGCUCAUAUCCUAAAAUCCUAUAGUGUAAUACACCUGUAACCCUCCACCUGCUGUACUUCAUGCAUGAAGGAAUAUCAUUAGUCUCCAUCAGUAGCUACAUGUGCUGAUAGACUAACAGCAUGAGGACAGGAUGUGAAAGCAGCUUUUACCACUAAUGUUCUGGCUGUGAAACAGCUGCCAGCUAACAAGGAAAAUAAACCCAAUUGCUUUUAUUUGCUGCAGGUAUCUGGUGAAUGACGGCGAACAGAACUGUGAUAGUCUUAACUCAACAAUACAAUUUUUUUUCAUUACAACAGUUUAUUUCCAAAAUGAAUCAAAGGAAAUUGCAAUAUCUAUGUAUUUUACCUGUGAGAUCCAGAUCCACAAACAAAACACAGCUACUGAAGUUCUUACCUAAAAGUGGCAGUUGUAGCACAUUAAAUAAAAAAUCCAGUUUCUGAAACAAUGAUGAGAGGAGAACUUGAAAGUACUUGAGUGUCAUGUUAUCCUUUUCAACAGGUAAGCACAGAGGGAGGAUUAUUAAGAGUCUCUGCCUUCAAUAUGUUUUUUAAUGUUUUUAACAUGUGUUUGAGGAAAAUGUGCUUCUCCACACCUUCAAGUGUUAUUACACGCAGCUCCCACCAGGGGGCGUCUUUGUAUCUACGGCUGUGUCAUGGAAGAGCCCAAUGUUCAAACAUACAAUUGAUGGUCUGAAGUUACAGGACUUGUAGUGAGACUUUUUAUGGUGAAAAAUGUGUCUUUAUGUUUUUAUUUUCUUCUUUCUUCAGCUGGUUUCUUCACCCUGCUGGUUUGUGAACACCGUCAACACAGCUGGAGGUCAUCCAGGUUUGUUGCAGAGCUGCAGAGAGAAGAUAUUGAUUUUUGUUCAGUAUGAAUAAAGUAAAAGGAGUGAGAUAAUAAAUAUGAACCCACAA